AUGAAGCCAUCAACAAGAAGUAUGCCGCUCGCGGCCUUGCUUGUGGGUGCAGUCGCUCAAACGACCGUCCAGGUCAACGACCCGCAGGACACUUCUGUUACCACCGUUUACUACUCUGUCUGCCCGACUGCUCUCACCACCACUACGACGUUGUCGAGCACCAUCACAUACUGUCCCGGGCCAAAUUGCCACGGUGGAGGUCCCGGUGCACAAAUCACGCCUCCACCUACAGGUCCAUAUGGGUCCGAGAUCCUCGCCUUCACUACUACUGGCCCCGAUGGAAAGGUCUCUGAGUAUCACGAAUUCCUCACCGUCUAUGACCAAAUCUGCUCGGAUGGCAAUGGCAUGGAACAAGCAACAUACACAAUCACCGAGGCUUGCCCGUGCCACAUGACAAAGAACCCCAUGACUGUCCCUGAAGGGUUUACCACAACUGUCGUGGCUUGCACUGCUUGUGGUGAAAACGGCGCAGCGACUACUGUCACUCUUACAACUCCAUGUGCUACCGGACCUUAUGCAACAGUUACUCCAGUGGUCGGAUCUAAUACCGGAUCGGGCUCUGGUACAGGCUCAGGCUCUGGGACGGGCAGUGGCUCUGGUGCAGGAUCCGGAUCCGGUUCUGGCACUGGCUCCGGCUCGGGUUCUGGUACAGGCUCUGGUACAGGAUCAGGGACUGGCUCAGGUUCCGGCGCUGGUUCUGGCUCUGGUACGGGCUCCGGUUCUGGUACAGGCACUGGCUCUGGCACUGGCUCGGGCUCAGGCUCAGGCUCAGGUACCGGCUCCGGAGCUGGGAAUCGCGAAGGAGAUACUGGCGCAGAUACAUCAUCCGGUGCGCAGGCAAGUGCCCAUGCUGGAAGCGGAUCAAGUGCCAAUGCAAGCGCUGGGGCAGGAAUGGGCGCCGCAGGAAAUAACAGCACCAUCUCGCCGCCAAUCACGCCCGUUGUUGGAAACUCGCCGUCGGGUACAGGAGCCAAGUCGUCAACCUUUACCGGCGGCGCCGAUCGAACUGCUUUCGCAUUAUCCGCGAUUGUGGUUGCUGUUGUCGGUUGUCUGAGUUGGAUGCUAUGA